AUGAAAAUACGCAGCUCUGACAUCCUGAUCGUCAUUAUUAGGUACGGAACAGACAUCUCAGCGUCUCCCAAAUUCGAAAUCGUCUUCUUUUGUCAACUGUUGGCAUCCAUCGUGGGAAUUUCAGCAAUCACCAGCGUAGACUGUACGAUUAUGACUAUAAUUUUACACGUGGCUGGACAGUUUAAACUAAUCAAAACCUGGAUCAAUAAAAUUGGAAUUGAAAUCAAUCGCGAGCCCAUUCAUUUGGAAAAGUUUGAAAUAGACCUAUUUAAAUGUAUUCGCCAUCACCAACGAAUCAUAAGUGCGGUGAACGAUAUAAAUAAUUUAUUAACUCCCAUCCUUUUUAUGCAACUUCUUACGAGUGGAAUAGAAAUUUGUUUAAGUGGAUACGCAAUGCUCGAUAACGGAGCAGCACUUAUCGAUAUAAUGAAAUUUACAAGCCAUUUUAUUUCCAUGGCGAUAGAACUCCUUUUAUGGUGUUGGCCCGGUGAAAUUCUUGUCCAUGAAAGUGAAGAAGUAGGGCACGUAAUUUAUUUCAAUAUACCGUGGUACAAUUUACCACCAAUUUAUCGGAGACAUUUGUGCCUUAUGAUUGUUAGAGCACAACAAUAUUGCAGUAUCACGGCAUUAACUUUCAAAACAUUAUGUAUUCAAACAUUAACAAGCGUAAGUAACCAUUUUUCAAUUUUUUAAUUUUGACCAUGAAAUUUGACAGCAGGACAAAAAUGAUUAUAUAAAACUUGAUUGUAAAAAAUCAAUUCUUACAACAGUAAAACAGAAAUUAUGGUACAAAUGAUUUCAGGUGUUCAACACAGCUGCAUCAUAUUUUACUUUGUUGCGGCAAAUGCAACAAGACUAA